UGUCCGGGCGGAGACCCGGCCCGGGACCGGCGGCGCGCGGCGGCCGAGGCCCAGCUCCAGGAGAAGCUCGCCCGAGCCCGGGAGGCAUGCUGAAGCCGGGAGGCCGGCAGGAUGAGUGUGCAAGAGGCGGGCAGCUCCGGCCGCCGGGAGCAGGCAGCCUACCACCUGUACAUCUACCCACGGCUGUCCACCACCGAGGGCCAGGCCUCCUGCCGAGUGACCGCCACCAAGGACAGCACCACGUCCGACGUCAUCAAGGAUGCCAUCGCCAGCCUGCGGCUAGAUGUCACCAAGUGCUACGUGCUGGUGGAGGUCAAGGAGUCGGGCGGGGAGGAGUGGGUGCUGGACGCCAACGACUCGCCGGUGCAUCGUGUGCUGCUGUGGCCCCGGCGGGCUCAGGACGAGCACCCGCAGGAGGACGGCUACUACUUCCUGCUGCAGGAGCGCAACGCAGACGGGACCAUCAAAUAUGUGCACAUGCAGCUGGUGGCCCAGGCCACGGCCGCCCGGCGCCUGGUGGAGCGCGGCCUCUUGCCGCGACAGCAGGCAGACUUUGAUGACCUCUGCAACCUCCCCGAGCUGACCGAGGACAACCUCUUGAAGAACCUCAAGCACCGCUUCCUGCAGCAGAAGAUCUACACGUACGCGGGGAGCAUCCUCGUGGCCAUCAACCCCUUCAAGUUCCUCCCCAUCUACAACCCCAAGUACGUGAAGAUGUACGAGAACCAGCAGCUGGGCAAGCUGGAGCCGCACGUCUUCGCGCUGGCCGACGUGGCCUACUACGCCAUGCUGAGGAAGCGCAUCAACCAGUGCAUCGUGAUCUCGGGCGAGAGCGGCUCCGGCAAGACCCAGAGCACCAACUUCCUGAUCCACUGCCUCACCGCCCUCAGCCAGAAGGGCUACGCCAGCGGCGUGGAGAGGACCAUCCUGGGGGCCGGCCCUGUGCUAGAGGCCUUCGGGAACGCCAAGACAGCCCACAACAACAACUCCAGCCGCUUCGGGAAAUUCAUCCAAGUCAACUACCUGGAGAGCGGCAUUGUGAGAGGAGCUGUGGUUGAAAAAUAUCUGCUUGAAAAGUCUCGCCUGGUCUCUCGGGAGAAGGAUGAGAGGAACUACCACGUGUUUUAUUAUUUGUUACUCGGUGUCAGCGAGGAAGAGCGCCAAGAGUUUCAGCUUAAGCAGCCUGAAGAUUAUUUCUACCUCAACCAGCAUAACUUGAACAUUGAAGAUGGAGAAGACCUGAAACAUGACUUUGAGAGACUCAAGCAGGCCAUGGAGAUGGUGGGCUUCCUGCCGGCCACUAAGAAGCAGAUUUUUUCCGUCCUGUCAGCCAUCCUGUACCUGGGCAACGUCACUUACAAGAAGAGAGCCACGGGCCGCGACGAAGGCCUGGAGGUCGGGCCCCCCGAGGUGUUGGACACGCUGUCCCAGCUCCUGAAGGUGAAGCGAGAAAUCCUGGUGGAAGUUCUGACCAAAAGAAAAACAGUGACCGUCAAUGACAAGCUCAUCCUGCCCUACAGCCUCAGCGAGGCCAUAACUGCCCGUGACUCCAUGGCCAAGUCGCUGUACGGUGCCCUGUUCGACUGGAUUGUGCUGCGGAUCAACCACGCCCUCCUCAACAAAAAGGACAUGGAAGAGGCCGUCUCGUGCUUGUCCAUCGGGGUCCUCGACAUCUUUGGGUUUGAAGACUUUGAGAGGAACAGCUUUGAACAGUUCUGCAUCAACUACGCCAACGAGCAGCUCCAGUAUUACUUCAAUCAGCACAUUUUUAAGCUAGAGCAGGAGGAGUACCAGGGGGAGGGGAUCGCCUGGCACAACAUCGACUACACGGACAACGUGGGCUGCAUCCAGCUCAUCAGCAAGAAGCCCACCGGCCUCUUCCACCUGUUGGACGAGGAGAGCAACUUCCCCCACGCCACGAGCCAGACCCUGCUGGCCAAGUUCAAACAGCAGCACGAAGACAACAAGUACUUCCUGGGCACCCCAGUCAUGGAACCCGCAUUCAUCAUCCAGCAUUUUGCGGGAAAAGUGAAAUACCAAAUCAAGGACUUCCGGGAGAAAAACAUGGACUACAUGCGUCCCGACAUCGUGGCCCUUCUGCGGGGCAGUGAUAGCUCCUACGUGCGGGAGCUCAUCGGCAUGGAGCCCGUGGCUGUAUUCCGCUGGGCCGUGCUCCGGGCCGCCAUCCGGGCCAUGGCCGUGAUGCGGGAGGCCGGGCGUCUGCGGGCCGAGAGAGCUGAGAAGGCUGCAGCAGGUAUGGGCAGCCCUGGUGCCCAGAGUCACCUGGGAGAACUGCCAAGAGGAGCCAACACCCCAUCAGAAAAACUAUACCGCGAUUUGCAUAACCAAAUCAUCAAGAGCAUCAAAGGACUGCCCUGGCAGGGCGAGGACCCCCGUAGGCUUCUCCAGUCCCUCAGUCGGCUCCAGAAACCCCGCGCCUUCAUCCUGAAGAGUAAAGGUAUCAAACAAAAGCAGAUCAUUCCAAAGAACCUGCUGGACUCCAAGUCCCUGAAGCUCAUCAUCAGCAUGACCCUGCAUGACCGCACCACCAAGUCCCUGCUGCACCUGCACAAGAAGAAGAAGCCACCCAGCAUCAGCGCUCAGUUCCAGACGUCCCUGAACAAGCUCCUGGAGGCCCUGGGGAAGGCGGAGCCCUUCUUCAUCCGCUGCAUCCGCUCCAAUGCUGAGAAGAAAGAGCUGUGUUUCGAUGACGAGCUGGUCCUGCAGCAGCUGCGCUACACCGGCAUGCUGGAGACGGUGCGCAUCCGGCGAUCUGGCUACAGUGCAAAGUACACGUUCCAGGACUUCACAGAGCAGUUCCAGGUGCUGCUCCCCAAAAACGCCCAGCCCUGCAGGGAGGUCAUCGCUGCCCUCCUGGAGAAGAUGAACGUGGACAAGAGGAGCUACCAGAUCGGGAAGACCAAGGUCUUCCUGAAGGAGACAGAGCGGCAGGCCCUGCAGGAGACGCUGCACCAGGAGGUGGUCCGCAAGAUCCUGCUGCUCCAGAGCUGGUUCCGGAUGGUGCUGGAGCGCAGGCGCUUCCUGCAGAUGAAGCGGGCGGCCGUCACCAUCCAGGCCUGCUGGCGCUCCUACUGUGUGUGGCGGGCAGUGGAGAGGACGCAGGCGGCCGUGUACCUCCAGGCCGUGUGGAGGGGCUACCGACAGCGCAAGGCCUAUCGCCGCCGGAGACAGAGCAUCAUCCGCCUGCAGAGCCUCUGCCGGGGGCACCUGCAGCGCAGGAGCUUCAGCCUGAUGGUCUCAGAGAAGCGGAAGGCCGAGGAGCAGCUGCGGGAAGCCCAGCAAGCCGCGAGGACAGAGCCCCCACGGGGCCAGCCAGGCCCUGAGGCCGGCGAGGAGCAGAGCGGUGAGGAGCAGAGUGCCGAGCAGGGCCCAGGGCCCACAGCAGGCAGCGAGUGCCCCAUGUUGGAGCCCGAGGCGUUGCCCAGCCGCAGGUCCCCAGCAGGCAUCUCCCCACCAGAGAAAGAGGUGCCCAGUGCUGAGAAGGAAGUCCCUCCCCCGAAGAGCAUGACCGCGGAGGGUCACGAGAAAGCCCCCAGCAGCCGGGAGAAGCGAGAGUCGCGUCGGCAAAGGGGGCUGGAGCACGUGGAGUUGCAGAACAAGCACAUCCAAUCCUGCAAGGAGGAGGGCGCCUUCAGAGAACCUUCCAGAAAGACCAUCCUGGAGCUGGGGGGCGGCCUCCCUGAAGACUGGAAGGAGAGCAGGAGAGGCGAAGCCCUGGCCGAGGCAGAGACAGAGGCUGCAGGCGCCCCCAGGAAGCCUUCGGUGGAGUCCCCGCCGGCUCUGGCCGUCAGCAAGGCCCCCGCAGACCUGGAGAAGGCGCCCCCCGAAGGGAGCCCCAGGCCCAGCCCCAUGCGGCGGCCAACCAGCCUGGCCCUGGAUAGCAGGGUGGGCCCGUCUGUGCCGGGCAGCACCCCCGAGACCCCUAAGAACAAGGGCAAGACUGGCGGCAGCCCGAGGGCUCAGGACAAGCCUGAGAGCCCUGGAGGCUCCACCCAGAUCCAGCGGUACCAGCACCCGGACAGCGAGCGGCUGGCCAACGUCGUAGAGCUGUGGAGGGGCAAGAAACUGAUGGCCGCUGCGGGCUCCGGCACCAUGCUGAGCCAGUCUCUGGAUCUCAGUGACAGGCACUGGAGCAUGGGGACCGCCCUAACACCCACAGAGGAGCGGCGCACCUCCUUGUCCACGAGUGACAUCUCCGGGCUCUCCCCCGCCAGGGCACAGCCGUCAGCAGAAACCGAAGGGGAGCUGAGCACAAAGAAGCCAGCCGUUCAGAAGAAGAAGUCAGGAGACAUCUCCUCUAGCCUGGAUGCAGGGCUGUCCCCAGGCUCCCAGCCUGACUCUAAAUCCACGUUUAAGAGACUCUUCCUACAUAAAACUAAGGACAAAAAGUACAUCCUGGAGGGCACGGAGGAGGCAGAGAGCCCCGCGGCAGGCCAUGCUGUGCCCGAAGCCGCGGCCUCGAGGAAGAGUGCAGAAGCCCUCUCCGGCCACCCACACCGCCACGCAGCAGGCGAGAAGCACACCAAGGAGACGGGGGGCAAAGGGAAGAAGAACCGAAACCUCAAGAUCGGCAAGAUCACGGUGUCUGAGAAGUGGCGGGAGUCAGUGUUCCGCAAGAUCACCAACGCCAACGAGCUCAAGUUCCUGGACGAGUUCCUGCUCAACAAGAUAAAUGACCUGCGCUCCCAGAAGACCCCCAUCGAGAGCUUAUUCACCGAGGCCACUGAGAAGUUCAGGAGCAACAUCAAAACCAUGUACUCCGCCCCGAAUGGGAAAAUCCACGUGGGCUACAAAGACCUCAUGGAGAACUACCAGAUAGUUGUCAACAACCUGGCCACAGAGCGCGGCGAGAAGGACACCAACCUGGUCCUCAACCUCUUCCAGUCACUGCUGGACGAAUUCACACGUGGCUACACCAAGAAUGACUUUGAGCCUGCAAAGCAGAGCAAAGCUCAGAAGAAGAAGCGGAAGCAGGAGCGUGCCGUCCAGGAGCACAACGGGCACGUGUUUGCCAGCUACCAGGUGAGCAUCCCGCAGUCCUGCGAGCAGUGCCUCUCCUACAUCUGGCUCAUGGACAAGGCCCUGCUCUGCAGCGUGUGCAAGAUGACCUGCCACAAGAAGUGUGUGCACAAGAUCCAGAGCUACUGCUCCUACACGUGUGGGAGGAAGAGCGAGCCAGGCGCUGAGCCAGGCCAUUUUGGCGUGUGCAUGGACAGCCUGACCAGUGACAAGGCCUCAGUGCCCAUCGUGCUGGAGAAGCUUCUGGAACACGUAGAGAUGCACGGCCUGUACACUGAGGGCCUCUACCGCAAGUCAGGUGCUGCCAACCGGACUCGGGAGCUCCGGCAAGCGCUGCAGGCAGACCCCGCAGCAGUGCGGCUGGAGGACUUCCCCAUCCACGCCAUCACGGGCGUGCUGAAGCAGUGGCUGCGGGAGCUGCCUGAGCCCCUCAUGACCUUUGCCCACUACGGCGACUUCCUCCGGGCCGUCGAGCUCCCAGGAAAACAGGAGCAGCUGGCCGCCAUCUACGCGGUGCUGGAGCACCUGCCAGAGGCCAACCACAACUCCCUGGAGAGGCUCGUCUUCCACCUCGUCAAGGUGGCCCUGCUGGAGGAUGUGAACCGCAUGUCGCCCGGGGCGCUGGCCAUCAUCUUCGCACCCUGCCUCCUGCGCUGCCCCGACAACUCAGACCCGCUGACCAGCAUGAAGGACGUCCUGAAGAUCACCACGUGCGUGGAAAUGUUGAUCAAAGAGCAGAUGAGGAAGUACAAAAUAAAGAUGGAGGAGAUCAACCAGCUGGAGGCUGCGGAGAGCAUCGCCUUCCGAAGGCUCUCGCUCCUGCAACAAAAUGCUAACAAGAGCCCCAAGGCCCAGGUGAGCAGGGACAGCAGCCUGGAGGAGCUAGAAGUGCUGCCUGAGGAGGAGGCAGGGGCUGGUGACGAGGACCGAGAGAAGGAGAUCCUCAUGGAACGGAUCCAGUCCAUCAAGGAGGAGAAGGAGGACAUCACCUACCGGCUACCAGAGCUGGACCCUAGGGGCUCUGACGAGGAAAACCUAGACUCGGAGACGUCAGCCAGCACCGAGAGCCUGCUGGAGGAACGGGCCGGGCGGGGGGCCUCGGAAGGGCCCCCCACGCCUGCUCUCCCCUGCCCCAGUGCGCCCACCCCGAGCCCCCUCCCCACGGCAGCCGCCCCUCCACGACGAAGGCCAUCCUCCUUCGUCACGGUCAGAGUGAAGACCCCCCGGCGGAACCCCGUCAUGCCCAUGGCCAACAUCAAGCUCCCGCCUGGCCUGCCCAUCCACCUUCACGGAUGGGCGCCCAGGGCCCAGGAGGCUGCUGUCCCAGUGAGGCGCCGAGAGCCCCCUGCCCGCCGCCCGGACCAGGUUCACUCAGUGUACAUCACGCCCGGGGUGAGCCUGCCUGCGCAGGGUGCCCUGGAACCCCUGGAAGAGGACGACCGGCCUCCUGGGUUCAAGCGGAGGUACUCAGACCCCCCAAUGUACCGCCUGCCCCCCGCCUCGGGUCAAGCCAACGGCUGAAGGCGCCAGCGACAGUCUGCGUGUCUGAGGACGGCCCUGUGCUGGAGCCGGGCACCUGAGCUGUGGAGCCAGCCUCUAGCAGAAAGACCCAGAACAAACAGCUCUAAGAGCAGAUCGAGGUAGCCUAGGCUCCAGGUGCAGGCGUGGCAGGACCCCGGGGUCCACGCGGCGCCCCAUGCACCGCGGCGCCUGCAGCACCAGGUCUAUGGCAGCCCGUGUCUCCCCCUUGUGUGUUUUUACAGUAACUGUUUUUUUGUGGUUUACAUAACUUUAAACUGAAACAGCCUUAACGGAAGACCAAAUCGUUUUUUAUAUGUUUAUGUUCAAACUUUUAUAUUAACGCUGUGCGUCUCCCUGGUGACCUGGACUGGUCCUCAGUGCGGGGCCACUCGCUCAGCUACAUGCUGCAUCCAGUCAGUGGGCAGUCAUCGAACUGGGACCCUGCAAGGAGGGGUUAGCCCCUCGGGGCACCUGACCUCCCCAGUCUGUUUCCAAUGCUCAUCUCCGGCAGCAGCGGCCACCUGGCCACCUGGCCACGUACAUUCCAGGGAACACUGGAGCCUUCCACAGGGUCAGGCUGUUGGCUAGAGCCAGGAUAUGAAUCAGGAAUGGCCCUCAACCCAGGCAGCACCAACCUCGAAUCCCAGGGAGACCUGAAUGUGCUGUCUCAGCUCUCUACUGUGCCUGGAUGCCGGAGGCUCUAGGAGGCUGCCCUGGGCACUGCCUGCCCUGUGUGACAUGAGCCAGUGACUCAGGACCAUUAGGGGUGGGUUGGGUAGGGCAGGGAGGGCAAAGCCUGCAGUGCACAUCCCUGCAGCAGCAGCAGCAGCCUGGGGGUGCGGGGAGUGGAGCCUCCCCUCUCAAGCUCCACCCACUCCCCCGGGCACUUGGACACUUGGCCACAGGCCUGGGACAAAGGGCACUCUGCACAAGGUGUGAAAUAAAGAAAAAGUGCCUGUGA